AUGCAGCGCCGCGGCCCGGCCAAGCUCUUCGACGGGAGCCGGCGGCGGCGCGCGGGCUUCAGCGGCAAGGACGGCGCGGCCUACGAUGAGGCCGAGGUCGAGCGCGAGAAGGAGAACGCGCGCGAGAUGGCUGCGCGGCUCCACGACGAGUUCCGCCGCCCCCAGCGCAAGCGGCCGCGGCGCACGAUCACAGCACCGGAACGCACGGAGGGCGUGCACCGCGAGUUCGAGGCUGGCGGCAGCGCGACGACCGAGGGCGCCGUGGUGGUCCCGAACCGCGCGUCCGACGUCGCGGCGCGCGACGCGCUCGACGCCGCGGGCGUCGCGGUCGCGCGGACGCGCCGCGGCAAGCACCACGACGUCAUUCGCCUGCUCCAGCGGCGCGGCCUGGCCCUCGCGCGGUGCACGGAGGCCGAGCGCGGGACCCGGCGCCUCGUCGUCGCGGCGGUGGACAACGACGGCCUCGCGCUCGAGUUCGCGAGCGCGGCGCUCCGCGACGACUUCGACGUCGUCCUCCGCGCCGUCGAGGGCGCGGGCGAGGCGCUCCAGUUCGCGAGCCAGCGGCUCCGGUCCGACCGCGCCGUCGUGUCGGCCGCCGCGCACGAAACUCCAAAAGCGCUGCGCCACGCGUUCUGGGCCGCGCGCGGCGACGGCCACUUCAUGCGCGGCCUGCUGCGGUUCCGGGGCAUCCUGCUCGAGUUCGCGUCCGACGCGCUGCGGGCGGACCGCGACACGGUGCUCAUCGCCGUGACGCAGGACGGCGCGGCGCUCCAGCACGCGUCGCGCGAGCUGCGCAGGGACCGCGACUUCGUGCUCGUCGCGCUCGCGGGCAGCCCCGGCGCGCUGCGCCACGCGGCGCGGGCCCUCCGCGAGGACCGGGCCUUCGCCUACGCGGCGCUCAAAUUAGGCGGCGAGGCCUUCGAGUUCGUGUCGGACCGGCUGAGGGCGGACAAGGCCGUGGUCCUGGAGGCGUGCGCGGCGCGCGGCGCGAACCUGGCCCACGCCGUGCCGGCCCUGCGCCGCGACGAGGACUGCGUGCUCGCCGCGGUGAAGAGCGACGGCGACGCGCUCGCGCACGCGCCGCCGGCGGGGCAGGACAAGGGUGAUUCAACGCCGCCGGCGCUCCGGGCGAAUCGCGCGUUCGUCUUGAAAUGCGUCCGCGCGAAGUCGAAGAACUGGCACGCGCUCAAGCACGCGAGCAAGGCCCUGAGGCGCGACCGGGCCGUCGUCCUCGCGGCCGUGCGGACGUCCGGCGCGGCGCUCAUGCACGCGCCGAAGAAGUUCUGCGGCGACAAGGAGAUCGUCCUGGCCGCGCUGUCGAGCCCCCUCGCGCAGCCCUACGUCUCCAAGAAGCUCGCCCGGGACAAGGAGCUCGCCUUCCGCGCGCGCCAGGCCAACGGCGACGCCCUCGCCUGGGGCCUCGGCCUCUACGACCUCACGCGCGCGCCCGUGCCCAAGCCCGAGCCGGGGCCGGACGUCCCGCGGCCGCGCUGGUCCACGGCCGUGAAGACGCGCUUCGACUUCAACCGGCGGCGCGUGUACGCGGCGUGAGUUCGUAGUAUAUGGAGGGGUGCUGUGGCGGCGUGGAGGGACGGCGUAGGCAUCCUAGUCUGGUCCAUUGACUCUGGAGCCCGCGCCGACUCUUUGCCAUCACCCCCGCCCUCGCGCCGCGUAGAUCACGGAAAUCAACGACGCCGUCUACGCGUCCCCCCACCGAUAACAUGA